UGUGUGUGUGUGUGUGUGUGUGUGUAUGAGUGAAUUUGUGUGUCUGGAGAGAGAGACAUAGACCGAGCCCCUAACACGGAGCAUGCCUCUGCGUCCGGCAGCCGGCAAACAUGAGCCACCCAGCUCUCCGCGGCAGGACCAGCAGCAGCAUCAUCAUCAGCAUCACACACAUACACACUCACUCGCACUGCCUUACACACACACAUCAAACGGCAGCCAGGGGGCCAGCACUGACAGCGGCAGCUCCCAGGAAGAGGACGGCGGCGUUCCCUUUGCUGUCGGCGUUCCGGCUUUCUGUCCCGGUGCAGAGCGGAGCCACAGAGCAAGGGCACCCAUGGAAGAGCCGACCGGCAACACCGUGGUCAUCCGCAUUGGAAUCCCAGACCUUCAACAGACGAAAUGUAUGAAAUUUAAUGUGGAUGCUCCGAUCUGGCAGUCCAAGCAGCGAAUCCUGUGCACGCUCAACCAGAGCCUGAAGGAUGUGCUCAACUACGGCCUGUUCCAGCCGGCCUACAACGGCAAGGCUGGCAAGUUUCUUGACGAGGAGAGACAGCUAAGGGAAUACCCUUUCCCAUCCCUCGCUCCUGUACCUUACCUGGAGUUCCGCUAUAAAAGACGUGUGUACACCCAGACUCACCUGGAUGAAAAGCAGCUGUUCAAGCUCCAUACCAAGGCAAACUUGAAGAAGUUUAUGGAGUACAUGCAGCAAAGGAACAUUGAAAAGGUCUCAAGGUUCCUGGAAAAGGGCCUGGACCCCAACUUCCAUGAUCCAGAUACAGGAGAAUGUCCUCUCACGCUCGCAGCACAGCUGGAGGGAUGUGCAGAUCUCAUCAAGGUGCUGAAGAGUGGAGGGGCGCAUCUGGACUUCAGAACAAAAGAUGGCAUAACAGCCCUGCACAAGGCCGUGCGCAGCAAGAACCAUACAGCACUUAUAACGCUGUUGGACUUGGGUGCAUCGCCUGACUAUAAAGACAGUAGGGGGUUGACUCCUCUGUACCACAGCUCGAUGGUAGGAGGAGACCCCUACUGCUGUGAGCUGCUGCUGCAUGAUCAUGCACAAGUUGGCUGUGUGGAUGAGAAUGGCUGGCAGGAGAUACAUCAGGCGUGCCGCUACGGCCACGUGCAACACCUGGAACACCUGCUGUUCUACGGAGCUGACAUGAGCGCCCAGAAUGCAUCUGGAAACACUGCACUGCAUGUGUGUGCUCUCUACAACCAGGACAGCUGUGCACGAGUCAUCCUGUUCCGGGGGGCCAAUAAGGAGAUAAAGAACUACAACAGCCAGACCGCCUUUCAGGUGGCCAUUAUAGCCGGAAACUUUGAUCUGGCUGAAAUCAUAAAGGUCCACAAAACAUCGGAUGUUGUGCCUUUCAGAGAGACCCCCUCCUACACCAGCCACCGACGCGUGGCGCCCGGCACCCUGCCCUCGCCGCGCUCCUUGCUGCGCUCUGCGAGUGACAACAACCUGAACGGGGACCACGAUCACAACCGCGGUCAGGCCCCUAGAGAAACCCGUGGCCGUCAGGGUCACUCCCCGGUUCCAUCCCUGCGCAGCCUGCCGGCUUUCGGGCAGCAGCACAGCAGCCUCGGAGAGAGCCGUCAUGGAGAGAUCCCUGACAGCAGUCUCCAGAGUACGGGCAGCUCCAGGUCCUCCCACUCCCGCUCGCCCUCGCUACAUCACAUGCACGAAGAGGACCGGCCAGUUCCCAGAAGGUCCCACAGCCACGGCUACCCUCACGGACACGGCCAUCGCGGAAGACUCAGCCCCGGCUCAGUGCAGAGAGACCCGAGCCCCCCUCACCACACGCCUCCGGCGCUGACGGGCCCCCGCGGGCCCAAACGGAAACUCUACAGCGCCGUCCCCGGGCGUACCUUCAUUGUGGUCAAGCCCUACACUCCACAGGGGGAGGGAGAGAUCCAACUGAACCGCGGCGAGAGGGUCAAAGACUAUGACAGUAAUGACGUAGAAGUUCUGAGUAUAGGGGAAGGUGGCUUCUGGGAAGGCACGGUCAAAGGGAGGACAGGCUGGUUUCCAGCAGACUAUGUGGAAGAAGUUCAGAUGAGGCAGUAUGACCCCCGGCUAGAGACCCGGGAGGACCGCACAAAGAGACUGUUCAGACACUACACUGUGGGAUCCUAUGACAACUUCACCUCAUACAGUGACUACAUCAUAGAGGAAAAGAAUGCUGUUUUGCAGAAGAAAGAAAAUGAGGGGUUUGGUUUUGUCCUGCGGGGAGCCAAAGCCGAGACGCCCAUCGAGGAGUUCACCCCCACCCCAGCGUUCCCGGCCCUCCAGUACCUGGAGUCUGUGGACGUUGAGGGAGUGGCCUGGCGGGCUGGUCUUAGGACAGGAGACUUCCUCAUUGAGGUAAACGGGGUUAAUGUAAUAAAGGUGGGCCAUAAGCAGGUGGUGUCCUUGAUCCGCCAGGGGGGCAACAGGCUGCUGAUGAAGGUGGUGUCUGUGACGCGCAAACCUGAAUCCGAGGAAGUUGUUCGCAAGAAAGCUCCCCCACCACCCAAAAGAGCUCCCAGCACCACCCUGACGCUGCGCUCUAAGUCAAUGACCGCCGAGCUGGAGGAACUGGCUUCUGCUCGGAGGAGAAGAGGAGAGAGACUAGAUGAGAUGUUGGCAUCCCAGGAAUCUAUCUUGCGUUCUCAGCCCUCAGAGGCAGAUUACAGAGCAGCGACUGUCAAACAAAGACCCACCAGCAGGAGAAUAACACCAGCAGAGAUCAGUUCACUGUUUGAGAGACAAGGGAUGACUCUACAUGGAGGUCUUCACCCAGGCAUUGAGAGGGGUCAUAUACCACUACCAAAGGGGAUGUCCAGGACCAAGUCUUUUGGUGCCACUGAGGAGGAUCGGUUGUCUGCCCUUGAAGGCGAGCAGAGAUUUCCCCGCAGCUCCUCCAUGACAGACAGCCUCCGAGAGCCCUCACAGCCCCAUCCCAUCCCUCCACCGCCACAGACAGCACCUCCCCCUCCUCCCUACUACCUAGACACUGGUCCUCCCCCAGCCUUCUGCCCCCCCCCUCCCCCAUCUAGGACUCAGAGUCAGGGUUAUGAGCCCGGAGAACGCUCCAGUUUCAAGCCCUCCUCCUUGGACCUGCCUUACGAGGACGCUCACCGGCAGGCGACACACCUGGAAAGACAGAAGAAAGCCCGCUCCAUGAUCAUCCUGCAGGACUCUUCGCAUCUACCUGUAGAACCUACGGAAAUUCCGCGUCCUUCUGCUGCUCCUCCACCCGAGCGAAUCAAAAGGAAGGGCCGAAUUAUUGACAACCCUUAUGCUAAUGUGGGACAAUUUAGCAUUGGACUAUACGCACCCACUAAGCCCCAGAGGAAGAAAAGUCCCCUAGUUAAACAACUACAGGUGGAAGACGCACAAGAAAAAGCUAGUUUGGCCUUGGCUGCUGCCCACUCCAGAGAGAGCUCCCCGUCAGGGCGACACCAGUAUACCCAUGGACACACACACACCAGCCGUGCGGACUACUACCAGCAGCAGCUGAUGGCUGAGCGAGAGCGCAUCCGCGCCCAGGGAGAGAUGAUGUUUCAGGGCAAAGGCCCCUUUGCCGCUGCAAUAGCUGGAGCAGUAAAAGACCGCGAGCGUCGCCUCGAAGAACGGAGGAAAUCCACCGUCUUCCUUUCCGUUGGGACCAUGGAGGGGGCGUCUGGCACCAGCUGUGACCUCCCUUCUCUGACUCAGUCUCACUCUGUUGAUGAGCGGAUGCUCAACAGAGAGCUGGGACAGCUGCCUCCCCCCGCCUUGGCCCUGAGCCCCUCACCCAGUGGGACCACCUUUAUUCAUCCGCUCACAGGGAAGCCCCUGGAUCCCAACUCUCCACUGGCUCUUGCGCUGGCCGCAAGGGAAAGAGCGCUGACCUCCCAGAGCCAGUCGCCAACUGGCAGUCCAGAGACCAGGACUAAGCAUGAGCGGGACCCUCAGACCAAAGAGUCGCCACAUGGGGAAGGGGCCUCCACAACUCCCCCAUUUUCGCCUAAAAGCGCCAUGGCAGCGGGGUAUGGAGUGGGAUCCUCCGCGGCAUCUAUUUUAGUUCCCCAGCCAACAAAAUCCCAGUGGGCCCCAUCUCCAUCGCCUUUAUCGUUCAGGAAAGAGAUGGAGGCCAGAGUAGAGGAGAGGAAGGGGGAAAAAAGGCUGGAGGAUAAAAAAAGCAUGUUGAUUAGUAUUUUGGAUACGUCGCAGCAGAAAACCGCAGGGCUCAUCAUGGUCCACGCGACUAGUAACGGCCAGGCUGCUGGGGUGGGUCCAGAGCCAGAGCGGACACCUUCCCCAAAGCCCACGGAGCCGAGCAAAUCUUCCAGUCCUACGGUCUGCCGGCCCCAGGCCCAACUCCAGGCCCAGCCUCAAACUCCUGCCAGUCCGGCCCAAGAGAAAAGCCUGGCUCAGGGGAGCUCCGAGGAGGAUGUGGAUCCGUACACAGUGACCCUGCCGCCGGCAAUUUUGUCCUCCAGUGAUGAGGAAACUAGAGAGGAGCUGCGUAAGAUAGGAGUUGUUCCGCCGCCAGAUGAGUUCUCUAACGGUCUGCUGGCGCAGGCGCAAGGGAUGCCAGUGUCCCCGACGAAGCCUGCCGCCUCUCCCGCCACCCCUACAACAGCGACACCCAAAACUCCCUCAGCCACGACAACGCCAACUGUGACACCCGCCCAGCCUCAGCCUCCCCAACCGGCACCUCCACCCGGUGCAGGAGUUGUCUCAGGGAAGCCCUCUGACCCUCUGGAGCCAGCGGCAGUGGGGGAGUCCGGCUCUGCGGCCGACUCUGGCGUGGAGGAGGUCGACACGCGUAGCUCCAGCGACAGAGAGCGAGACCACCACCUCGAGACCACCAGCACCGUCUCCACGGUCUCCAGCAUGUCCACGCUGUCCUCGGAAAGCGGCGAGCCGGCCGACACGCACACCACGCACACCUCCUACGCCGACGGGCAGACUUUUGUGCUCGACAAGCCGCCAGUGCCUCCUAAGCCUCGACUCAAGUCCCAUAUAGGAGGCGGCAAAGGCCCCGUCACCUUCAGGGACCCUCUGCUGAAGCAGAGCUCGGACAGCGAGCUUCUAUCACAACAACAGUCCGCCGCUCUGGCUGCCGCCGCGGCUGGAGGAGCCGGGCUGCCCGCAGGCGGCUCAGCCUCAGUGACUGGACUAGCCCCGACCAAACCGCGCUAUCUCUUCCAGCGGCGCUCUAAGCUGUGGGGGGACCCGGUGGAGCCUCGUGGAGUGGGGCUAGGUAUUGGGAGUUUGGGCAACCUUGGUGGACUGGGGCUGGGGCUGGGUUUAGAUGAGGUAGCAAAACCAACGGUUAUGGGGGAGCUCAGUUCACGACUACAGCAGUUAAAUAAAGACACUAGGUCACUGGGAGAGGAGCCACUAGGAGCGUCAUUUGAUCCAGGGAGGAAAUCACCUGUGGCAGGUGCCAGACUUUUCAGCAGCUUAGGCGAGCUCCACACCAUCUCUCAGAGGAGUUACGGCACCACAUUCACCAUCCGCCCUGGCAGCCGUCACCCCGUCACCCGACGAACCCCGAGCCCGGGGUCAGGCUCCCCUGAUCGCUGCGACCCCUUUGGACGAUUCUCGGGCUUCGGCCUACCGAACUCCCCGACCACACCGCCACAAACCAUCCUCAAGUCGUCGAGCCUCAGCCUGCCGCAGGAGCCUAAGGAGGUGCGCUUCGUGAUGAGGAGCUCCAGCACGCGUUCCCGUUCCCGCUCCCCGUCACCCUCCCAUUCCCCCGGACUGGGCUCGCCACUUUUAGCCCUCAGGCCCUUCCAUCAGAAGCCACUCCACCUCUGGAAUAAGUACGACGUCGGAGACUGGCUGGAGAGCAUAAAUCUGGGGGAGCACAGGGCGGGCUUUCAGGAACAUGAGAUCGAAGGCUCUCACCUCCCGGCUUUAACCAAGGAGGACUUUGCAGAGCUCGGAGUCACGCGAGUCGGACAUCGCAUGAACAUUGAGCGAGCGCUGAAAAUGCUGCUGGAGAGCUGACCCCUGCCCUGAGAGCCAGCAACAGACGCAACGAAGGAUCAGGAUGGAGCAGGCAAGGGAUGAGGAAAGGGAAAAGAUAGUGGGAGCGCUCCUCUUUCACUCUGGCUGCUUUUAUGUUCUGCAUUACAAAUGUUUACCUGUGUGCAUUCGGGACCCUUCAAGUUCCUGCUGUGCAUCAAUACCCUGCACCUGGCACUGCACUGAAGAGGGGGAGGGAACACAUUCGUACCCCUUCACCUGGCUCUUAAGUGUCUGCCCAAAUCCUCGCCCGCAGCCAAUCAGAUCGAACCUCAAAAAAUGGGCUCUGGUCGUUCUUUUGCUGAGAAGAAUCGCAUGAGCUCCAAUUAAAAUAUUUGAUUUGUUGUUUCCCUAGUAACACCCACACGCUCUCGCUCACUGUUUGUUCCUCUCCUCUCUAUUUCUAUCCCUCCAUGCUUUAGGCAUUUGACAGCCUUUUAGCAGUCUGAGUAAAGGAGGAGAAAGAUCUUUUUUUUUUCUUCCAAACAGAGAGCUCAGUUGCCUUUCAAAACAUUUAUACAGAGAUCAGCGAUGAAGAAAAAAUAGUACUAUUGACACGGCUCUGAAAAUGUGUGUCUUGAACUGCUGUUGUUUUUAAACCUAAGACUUUCAAGCCCAAAAAGCUCCACCAAGUAAACCGAGGAAGAAAACCUCUCCGCCUUGGUACCCAGACUGUGCUAUCUAUUAUAUUUGGAGAAUGUUUAACCAACACUUGUGGCUUUUUUCAUAAUCAAUUUUUGGGUUUUCCAAAGGGAAUAUUAUAUAUAGGUACUAUAUGAUAUGAUAUAAAUGUAUCUAAAUAUAGCUUUCAAAAGAAAAGAUAGUGUUGCAAAUAGGAAUUGUAAUAAAUUAAUCUGCGCCUGUUUUUGGUUUUUAGUAUAGAGGGCAGAGAGAAAUCUUUAAAUUUAUUCCACCAAUAGUUUAUUAAUUUCUAACAAUUAUAUACAUAUAUAUAAAUAUAUAUAUAUUUGAAAUUUUAAAAAAAGUAUAUAGAAAUAGAUAAAGUAUGGAAAUGUUUUUUUUUUGUCAUAAGUGUACAUCUUUCCUUAUGGUCACCCUUUCUUGAACCGUAGCAUGACAAGUUGCAUCAUAUCUUGGAGAUUGAUAUUUGUUUUUUUAUUUUAUUAUGGUCUUCCUUCAUACAGAAGGGCAUCCCAUAACGUGAGGCUGAGAACCUAGUUGACACCCAUCCCCCUUUGUAGUUCUGACCCAGCUUGGUCCACAACAAGGACCACCUGAACAACACAGCUAACUGGAAUAUGGAAUCAUGGAACACAGCAGAAAUUGUUCACAUUCGUUUUUGCUGGGUAAGGGAACCAGUACCAGAAAAUAUGUGGACCCAAAAUAAGUUUAAAUAGUUAAAGUAAAGAAAAUGUUGUUAUCCUUAAAACAUGGUUCUACCUGGAGAAUGAGUGAGAAGGCUUAACCGAGCUAAACGUGAAGUCUGUUCCCUUUUAAAAGCCGUGCUGUACGUAUCAGGCCGGGGGGACGGGAAGGUCUCUGUAAGCUCUUAAAGAAAAUUCAGUUUUUUACAACCUGGCAGUGUCUUGCUACGUCGCUACCACCCUCUAUCUCUACAAUUUACUUAGUGAUUAAUAUAUUAUCAUGAAGGGUGCCAGCAAGAACUCUGAACAAAAAAAAUAAGAAUCAGGUUGUAGAAAGAAAAACUGAAUUUUCCUUUAACAAUAAAAAAAAAUCCACAAUUGUACUCAUGAGAAGCUUCUGCUGGCAGUGAGAAACAGUGAGUUUUGUUCUGGCAACAAGAAGCAUUUUAUCCAUAGCUUUUCUCUAACAGAGUAAUGUUAGCAAUCUGUUACCACUAAAACCUCCGUACACCUGCAGCAUCCGGUCAGCACACCGGGGCAGUUUCACUCGGCAAGAAGUUGCGCGCCUCUUCUUCUUCUCUCUUUCUUUUACGCCAGCAGUUUGUAAAAACAGGUGGUGGAUUUAACGCUGUGUCAGGGUUGUAGGAAUUGCACUCACUGCCUCACUGUGACCUCACUGAUUAUUUUACAUCUGACUACAGUGUGUUACGGUACGUCGUCAGACUCAUUCAGACUUUUUGUGUUUGUUCUUUUUCUUCCCUUCUGGUUUGUUAGCCUCGGACACUGUGGGUGGAUUUUGUAGCGUGUGGAACAUGGUACAAUGACACAUGAUCCUUCACUCAUUUGAAUUUAUAGCGACAGAAAAAAAGAACAUACUGUCCAUUCUAAACGUACUUAUACUUGUAAAAAUAAAAAAAAAUAUCUUUUUUUUAAAUCACAAGCAAUGUAAAUAUGACAGAUUUCAUAUAAAUUUUUGAGAAACUAAAAGUAUAUAGAUCUAUAUAUGAAUGUUUGGCAUAUAUGCAUAGUUAACAACCUGUGGGAAAGGUGAGCAGACUUUAUUCUUUCUAUGAACUCUUGAACUUUGAACUCUGAACUAGGGGAAGAUUUGCACAAAACAAGGUGACAAGGUGCUAACAUGAAAGCCACCCAUCGUCCAAUCGCAUGCGUGCAUCUGGAAUCUCGAAAUCUGUCUGUGUGGUUUUUUUCCUCUUCACCCAGUGUGCAUGACUGUGUGUGUGUGUGUGUGUGUGUGUGUGUGUGUGUGUGUGUGUGUGUGUGUGUGUGUGUGUGUGUGUGUGCAAACGCUUGUUUGUUACCAUGUUUUGUGUGUAUUAGAUUGAGAGGGAGAGAACAUGGGGGAUGCAGGCGACAGUGGGAGAGUUUUUUGGAUGAUGGUUGGGGUUUACAUCUUUGGAGCUAGUGCACUAAAGCCUUACUGUAUUUCCACCAGAGAUUCCCGGCAGUGGCUGUGUCACACAAACACGCACAAACAAACAGAUAAAUCUGCACAUUCAUUCGUUAAUAUAUAUAUUUACCAUAAUUACCCUAAAUUCUUGUUUUGUACCUGAAUACUUUAGAAAAGUGGACUGCUUUGCCCUGAGGGAGAGACGGACAGACAGAAAGAUCACCAUAGAGUUCUGAACAAAACCUUUGUAUCUGUCUAGGUACAGCUUAUGCAGUGCCACUGUUUUCUACACCCAUCACCAGAUGGCAUCUCCACUGGCAGCACUCCUUUUUCAGACCUUCAGUUUCUGAGUUUUUGGAUAUCCUAUAUACGGUGAUCCAGUAAGGAACAAACAACACAAAGGAAAAACGUGCCAAAAAAUGACUAUAUUUGUGUUUGCUUUAGGACUAUCUUAUUUACAGCAUUCUUGUGCUGUUAGACUCAAUAAUAUGGUGCCAUCUCCUGGAAAUCUUGAGAACUACAGACAUUUGUUUGAACCUUCCGUAUUUCCUGCAGGUGGAAAUACAGUCACUGUUAUUAUUUUGUAAAGAAGCAGGAUAUUGUUUAUAUACAAACAUAGUAUGUGUGUGUGUAUGUACACACACAUAUAUAUAUAAUGUGUGUACACAUACGCACAUAUUAAAAAAAAAAGCCUGUGUAUAUCUACAUUUCUAUUUGCAUUUUGAGACAAAGUAUCACAAUUGCUUGAUUUUACUGUGGUAGUUAUUUUCCAGCUUGGUUUACGGUUCCCAUGUAAACACAAUCACACUGAAGUGGACCUGUACAGUCUGGCCUGGUAGUAGGGAAUACCUGGUUGGAUGCUUGUGUAAGUUUACCAAGAAAAAAUGAAAAAUGCAAUGGAUUUACACAACAUUAGGUCAAUUAAGUUCCUUCAAGGGUUAUCUUUGUCUUAUUUUGUAAUCAACAAAGCACAAUCUUAAUAGAGUGGGGUUGCAGUGUAACCUUUUCAAAAAACCCACUGGGGUCCGGCUACUCGCUGGAACCUGUGAUCGUAUCAUCAAAGUUUUUUUCAUUGUUGGUUUUCUCCUUGUUUGCACUGUGAAGUUUAGACUGGUGGAGGUAUCUCUGCAACGCCUCAGCCUCGUCUAACAGGUGAACAAGCCCUUCCCUCAGCACCCGAUGGCCAGGUGACUCCAGGGCGCUCAUAGCAUUAGAUGUCCCGCUCCGUUUCAGUAUGUGAAAGCACUGGUCAAAAUAAAAGCUAACCAGAUGCUACCUAGUAUUCCUCACGCAAACAGGGCGAGGGUGAUAGUUACGGUUGAGGCAAGAUCUGAGAUGUUGCCCAGGAUAUCUCCACCACAGAGAUAUAUGUUUGUUAUAUUAUGUAAUAAAUUUAUUAUUAAAACAUAAACUGCA